GAUACAACCCGAACCCGUUCCGACCCGUUCCGAAUUCAUCCGGCUGAAAACCGAAGUAGGGUCCGGUUGUCGGGACUCCGACCCUAGAUUCUCCUCUCCGAUCUUCCCAUCCCUUCUUCUCUGUAGCUCGAUCGCCCGUUCAAUGCUCGCUUACUGUUCGAUCCAAUUCCUCACAGGCCUACCGGGCUCCUCCGUGACCCUCUCUCGCCAACCAAACCUCCUUCCCCUCCGCCCGGCUGCGUGGAAACCCUGUCCACUGACAUCAAAGGAAGUGAAGAUGGAGCUUACUCUGACGAGGCCCGACGAUUGGCACCUCCACCUUCGCGAUGGCGACCUCCUACAAGCCGUCGUGCCUCAUAGUUUGUAUUGAGUGCAGUGCCGGCCAUUUUGGAAGGGCAAUUGUGAUGCCCAAUUUGAAGCCUCCCAUCAUUACCACGGCCGCCGCUUUGGCUUACCGAGAAUCUAUACUCAAGGCGUUGCCCCCAAACAGUGGCUUCGAUCCGUUGAUGACUCUCUACCUGACUGAUAACACGAGCCCGGAGGAGAUCAAGCUUGCCAGAAGGAGUGGUGUGGUUUUUGCCGUAAAACUGUACCCUGCUGGAGCAACAACCAAUUCACAAGAUGGCGUUACAGAUGUUUUUGGGAAAUGUUUACCUGUCCUUGAGGAGAUGGUAGAGCAAAGUAUGCCUUUGCUGGUUCAUGGGGAAGCUACAGAUCCAAAUGUUGACACAUUUGACCGAGAAAAAGUGUUUAUUGAAACAAUUUUAGAACCACUGGUCCAGAAGCUUCCACGACUCAAAGUUGUAAUGGAACAUAUUACUACUAUGGAUGCAGUCAGGUUUAUUGAAUCGUGCAGUGAAGGCCAAGUUGCUGCAACUGUGACACCACAGCAUCUUAUUCUCAAUAGAAAUUCUUUGUUUCAAGGUGGAUUGCAGCCUCACAAUUACUGCCUUCCAGUAUUGAAAAGAGAGACUCAUAGACAAGCUAUAGUGUCAGCUGUUACAAGUGGAAGCAUACGAUAUUUUCUGGGGACCGACAGUGCUCCCCAUGAGAGACGAAGAAAAGAAUGUGCCUGUGGAUGUGCAGGCAUAUACAAUGCUCCUGUUGCACUGGCACUUUAUGCCAAAGUAUUUGAAGAGGCUGGUGCACUUGACAAACUAGAGGCAUUUACAAGCUUCAAUGGCCCAGACUUCUAUGGUCUUCCAAGAAACGCAUCAAAGAUUGUAUUGCGGCAGAGUGCGUGGAGAGUGCCAGAAUCCUAUACAUACGUAUCCGGUGAAAUAGUACCUAUGUUUGCAGGACAGACUCUUGAAUGGCUUCCCUCGAACAGCUGAUGGCAGGGACAUGGCUUUUGUUUUGUUUGAGAGGAAAUUGGAAGGCGGAACAUGUUGUAGGUUUUUGUUAUUAUUUUUAUUGCAGCAGAUCAAUUGUGGGAGACAGAAUUCUGAUUGAGCGCCUGAGUUCACUUCAUUUUUGAAGUAGAUGAUUUUUAUGAGUUAGAUUAUUUAAUUUUUUUUGCUAA